AUGCAGUACUUUGCCAAGCUGCGGAAGAAACAUCGAUCCAAGCGGACCGAUGGACCAUCAUCGACCAACCUGGAAUCGGAGACUCCUCCCACUUCAUUAACGACACCCACGCCGGUAUCCGCACUCUCAGAAUUCCCCGUCAAUGAAAUGCCCACGACCACAAUUGCACCGGUCUCUAUCAGUCUUCAGGAUGUGCGAAAGCAAAUCUGGAACGAUGCUUACGACGAAGCUAAAAAAGAUGAACCGAAAAUAUUCGAACAAUACGAGCAGAUUCUAUCUGUCCACCUGCGAGAGACUAGCAAUCGAACUUCCGAUGCUGAAAACGGAACGAAUGCCAUCAAACAGGACACGCUGGGUCGGCAGUUGCAGAUGACGAAGCUCGUCGAAAUGGGUCUAGAGAAAACAGAGAAGAGCGCAAUGGCAAAAGGAAAGAUCAAGGAAGGAAUGCAGCCUGUCCUUAACAUCAAAGAGUUCGUCGCCACUGCUGUCAAAUCUGAGCCAACUGCUGCUAUCGCCUGGGUGGGCGUUAUGACCUGCAUGGAUAUCAUAACCAAUCCCGUCACUGAGCCGGGCGUCAAUCGUGACGGUGUCAAGUUUGUACUCGAACGAAGCCGGUGGCAUUGGGAGUUGACGCAACUUCUACUCGAUAUCCGCAAGACUGACACGUCUCUGACCGAGCUGCAAACGCAACUGAAAGCGCAUAUUGCUCGUCUCUACAAGAAGCUCCUGCUUUAUCAAAUCCAGAGCGUUGUCUUGUACAACAGAAGACUGGUGGGCGUCCUCAUUAGAGACGUUUUCAAAGUUGACGAUUGGCAACAAAAGAUUGAUGCGAUUCUGGGUGUUGAAGAAGCUUUGCGCAAAGAUGUGGAACAGCAUAACUCUGAAGAGCUGAAAGGACGGCUUCGAGAUAUUGACAGCACCCUGAAGGACCUGCGACUGGACAUCAAAGCAGUGGAAACUGCGGUUGAACAGCAGACCCGGGUCUUACACAAGCUUCACCACGACGACAAGGACAAGGAAUGCUUGGCACGUUUAUGUGUUAUCAAUCCAGAAACCCAUAAGGCAAAAAUUCAGCGGACAGGAGGCGGACUACUGAAAGAUUCGUACGAAUGGAUUCUCGACCAUGAAGACUUCCAGAGGUUCCGUUCUAACCCAGAGAGUCGCCUACUCUGGAUCAGAGGUGAUCCAGGCAAGGGAAAGACAAUGCUUCUCUGUGGUAUUAUUGACGAGCUGAAGAACGAGUCGUCACGUCCGUUGACGUAUGCCUUCUGCCAGGCAACUCAUGGUGAUUUCAGGAGUGCGACCUCGGUACUCCGCAGUCUGAUAUGGCUUCUCUGCAAGGAUCACCCAGAGCUAGUCUCGCAUGUUCGAGAGAGAUACGAUGUUGAGGGCGAGACCCCACUCAAAGACAUCACUGCCUUACAAAGCAUACUCGGACAAAUGCUUGGAGAGACCUAUUUGAGAGAUGCUGUCUUACUGGUCGAUGCUCUAGAUGAGUAUUUGGCGGAUCGAACAGAGCUCAUCGACAUUAUAAGCGACUUCUCAGGCUCCUUUCCAGCCAAGUGGAUUGUCUCGAGCAGAAACUGGCCUGAUAUCAACGGACAACUACAACAUGCUCAGAAAGACAUCUUGUCUCUCGAGUUGAAUAAUGAUGCCAUAUCCCAAGCUGUCAGUGUGUUCGUUGAACACAAGGCCAAAGAACUGGCAUUACGCAAAAGGUACAGCCCAACGAUGCAAGAAGCUGUUCUCAAAACGCUUCUCCAGAAAGCCAGGGACACCUUUAUCUGGGUAGCAUUGGUAUGCGCAGAGCUUGACCGUGUCCCAGAACGACAUACUAUGGCGCAUUUGAAAUCGAUCCCUGGAGAUCUCACGAGACUAUAUGACCGUAUGCUGGAUCAUGCAGUUGUUUCUCGCGAUGCAGAUUCCUGUCAGAAUAUUCUCCGCGUUGCUUGCAUAACGUUCCGGCCACUCACCCUCAGUGAACUUCAAGUUCUCGUUGAGGAGCUGGGUGAUCACAGCCACGAUGUACUGCGAGAGAUAGUGGGAGAAUGCGGUUCAUUUCUUACUAUACAAGAGGAUACGGUCUAUUUUAUUCAUCAGUCGGCCAAAGAUUUCCUGAUUCAGCAAGGGAAGGACAGACUCUCCCACCUCAGCAGUCGGGACCUGCAUCACCAAUUGUUCGUCCGAUCACUGAGCAUUUUGAUGGGGCUAAAGCGAAAUCCUUAUAAUUUGGACUCCCCUGGGGUUUUGGCCAGCGAUAUUGUACGGCCUGAGUCUGACCCAUUGGCCUCGCUCGAAUAUUCGUGCGUCUAUUGGAUUGAUCAUUGCAACGAGCUCGGUGACGCGAGGGCAUUAUCAGACGAUAAGCGGAUUGAGGUAUUCGCCAGAAAGUCCUUCUUACACUGGCUAGAGGCUCUCAGCAUAUUCCAAGAAGUACCAGAGGCUGUCAAAGGUAUACAGACACUCGCUAAAAUCAUGGGCGACACAGCAAACCAUGACCCGAAGAAAAUUGUUGACGACAUGAGACGGUUCGUGCUUUUGCACAUAGACACCAUCAGGAUCGCCCCUCUCCAGAUCUAUAACUCGGCGCUUGUCUUCUGCCCUUUCGGCAGUACGAUCAGAGGGAUGUUCGAACAUGAAGAACCGGACUGGAUCAGGCCGAAGCCGAACAUCCCAAGCAACUGGGAAACCUACAUUCAGACAAUUGAAUUAGAUUUUGCGGAUGGUGGCAUUGUAAAUAUGCAGUUCUCCGAGGGAAAUUUGCUCCUUUUGACGGAGUGGAGUCAUAUCAUCAUUUGGGACUGA